AUGAGAACCACCCACUUCAUUUUCGCCAUAUUCGCAACCUCCCUAGUUGAAGCCGCCAAGACAUACCACUCCUCGGCUAAUGAAGAUGACGAUGACUCUUCAACCCAUUACGAAGAAGUUGACAACGAUGCAUCUGACGAUAUGGAUUGGGGAACUGAUCUCACUAGCUCUCCUAAGGACAAUCUCGACGAGGGCGCCACUCAGGAGGAGAUCAAUGCGAAGAACGAGGCUUGGAAAAAGAAGGCCGCUGAGAGGGAGUCGAGACGUAUCCAGGAAAGGGAACAAUGGCAGAAUAAUUUCGCUAACAAAGUCGGUCUCGGGUUGAUCAUUCGCAAGCGUGUUAUAGUUCGUUUGCCUCAGACAAAACAAGUUACGGAAAGUUUGGAGUUUCCCAACGACGUCCCAUCAGUCCCCGCUUUGGACUCUGCCAGAGCUGCCAGUGAAGAUAGCGGGACCGACGCUCCAGAUGAUGAAGGGCAAUCCGCAGCAUCACCGUCGGAGGACCAUGCCACGGGGGGAACCUCAGAAGGCGCUACCUCAGGUGGGGACGAAGAAGCAAGUCACGAAGAGGGAGAUGGCGCUCCCACCGAAAGUUCUGAUGACGGAGUGGUCGAAGCCGCCCCCUCUGAGAGCUACAUUCAGAGAGCUGCUCUCAAGGGCAACUCUUCCAUCGAGACCACCAUCGUUGAGAAGAACAGAAACGUUAAGACGGAUUCACCCAAGGCGAACAGUUUCGUUGACCUCGAUGUGUUACACCCUUCAGUAGUGGAUGCAGCGAUAUACAAACGCGCCCAAAACGUUCUAGACGGUUUUCACCUUCUACGAAAUCGAGUUCAGAAACUGGGAGAGUUGACUAAGUCGUAA